GUCAUCUCUUUUUGUUAUUUCUAAGUUGUUGCGGAAAUACGAUGGAUGAAAUUGUUUUGUGUGAAAUUGCGGAUGAAGUAGGUCCAGAAUGUCCGGAAGAUCCAUCGGAAUUCCGCUACGGCAAGAGGCGAUGGAUGUUCAAAGAUUUUCUCGCUGAGCAUGCGGAAGAUAUUUUGAUUUGUAUAGAAACAUGCCAGAAUGCUCGGACGAGAAAGCUUAAAUUCAGGGCAAUCCGGCAGAACACAGACACUUGGACCUUGGUGGUCUGCCACGACCAGACGCACGUUCGAGCCCGCGUCAUCGAAAUGCAAGUGGCAUCCAAAUUGCUACCCCUGAUAUUCAGGGACUUCAGGACCAGCCUGGAGUUCGAGGUGACCAAGCAGGAGCAGGAGCACCAGCGGCCUGUUAAGACCUAUGUGACCACCAAACUUUACGAUGCGCUCUACGAAAGGCAUCGCCAAACGGAGGAUCUGGAUAACGAACUGCAGCACAAUCUUCCCGAAAGGUUUCAGUCGCGGCUGCGCAAAUACCAAGAGCGCACGGUGUCUUGGAUGUUGGGACGCGAACAGCAGCUCACGGAACUGCCAGCCAAAUAUACAGCGCUACAUGCCAUUGAUGGCAGGAGUCGCGUUUUUAAGCACAAUUAUUGCCUGCAGUUUUUCACCUUCGAGGAGGAGCUUCCCAAGAUGUCCUUGCCACCCGGCGGCAUUCUGGCGGACGAGAUGGGUCUGGGAAAGACCGUAGAGUUCCUGGCCAUGCUGCUAAUGAAUCCCAGGCCGCAGGAUACCUUCAGGAAUGAAUACUGGCAUCAACGGCUGGAUGAGAUUGUCGAUAACGUCCCGCUGAAGCGUAUACGCAAAGAAGAGAAGGUUUUCUGCAUCUGCACUCAAAAACGCGGAUCACGGGUGCAGUGCUGCAAGUGCCGCCGCUGGCAGCACGAUAGGUGUAUGUCCAUGAUUCCCAAACAUGCGGUAGAUGAUUCACCCCAUCUGUGUCCCACCUGUUGGUCCGAGCUGAUCAAAUCCAGCGAGAGGCUGGUGGAGACAGGCGCCACCAUCAUAGUUUCGCCCAACGCUAUCAAAUUGCAGUGGUACCAGGAGAUGCAGAAGCACAUAAGGCCUGGGCUAAAAGUGCUCUGUUAUCUCGGUCUGCACUCGUCAUCCUGGGUAAAUCCCCUUGAGCUGGCCAAGUACGAUGUGGUGCUUACAGACUAUGUGAUACUGCGUAACGAAAUAUACCACACGACGGACUACAAGUCCGACCGCCAGAUGCGCCACCAGCAGUUAUACAUGCGACCCGAAUCCCCACUCCUAAUGGUGAACUGGUGGCGCGUUUGCCUGGAUGAGGCACAGAUGGUUGAGAGCAACACUUCAGCGGCUGCGGAGAUGGUAAGGAUGUUACCGGCAAUCAAUCGCUGGGCUGUCACUGGCACAAUUGACGACCUGCCCCCUCUGCUGGAGUUCGUGGGCCGGACGGAAGCUUGUAGGCCACCGGAUGCAUGGCAAACUGUGGAAAAGGCCUUUCAGCUAAACUACAAAGCCGAACCGCUGUUAGAACUGCUAGAGCACAGUUUGUGGCGUACCUGCAAGUCCAAGGUGGAGCACGAACUGGGGAUUCCGCCCCAAACUGAGGUGGUGCAUCGCCUUGAGCUAAGCAACGUGGAGUCGCUGUACUAUCGGGAGGAGCAUCUGAAGUGUCACGAACAGUUUCUGGCUGCUGUGGCCAAGCACACGCGCCACAACGCAGACAACACCUCUUGCCUAGCGUCCAUCUCGCCGCAGCUACUGCGUAUCAUCCUGAAGCCUUUUCUUCGCAUACGCCAAACCUGCUCCAUUCCCGUGGUACUUAAUAGCAAUGUGUCCAGCACCGACUACCUAAAUCCGCAGGAUCUGCUGAUGCGUCUUAAGUCCAACAAUGAGAGUGAAUGCAAGACAGAGCUACGAAGUUGGGCAUCCUCUUACAACGGCCUGGCGGCUAUUUACUUUAUAAAGGAGGAUUUUCCACAGGCCAUCAAGUAUUACAAGCUUCUAUUGAAGCUGGCUGCAGACUAUAACGAGGCAAAUAUAUAUGUAGAUAGUGUGCUUCAGAUUCACGCUAUUUAUAACCUUUUCCAGGCGAGUGAGUUAGCAGCCACUCCAGACAAGUUAUCCGAUUUGGAGCUCCAGAACUACCAAGCACAAAUGAAGCGACUGGAGUGGAAGUAUCUGGAGGACAAUACUUCCGUACUUCAAGCCGCUCUCAGUUGUUACGAGGAGAAACUCCAUGAACUUUCGGUGCUGGAGAGUCAGUUCGCGGGCAGCACUGUGGAUUUGCUAGCCACGGUGGUGAACCACAAAAUUUCUCUGCACGAUGCUAUAUGGAAUAAGGUCCGGGAUGAUUUUUUCCGCCAAAACAUUACUGUGGAAAAGCUCGAUAAUAUCAACUCUAUGUCCGGAAUUCUUUACUUUGUGCAUUUAUGGCAUAAAAAGCUUCAAAAGUUAAAAGGGAAUUUACUUACAGAGUUUGAAUACCUCAAGGGAGUGAUGCACGAUGCUUGUGAGGCUAUCAAAACAGGAGUAGUCCUAUCGCAGGAAAUAUACAGCUUUAUAGGAAGCGUUACCGAUUGUCAUUUGGCGGAUAUUUUGGAUGAAAAUAAGGAUAAGCCGGAAAAGCCAAAAAAGCGUCGUCAUUGUCGCUUGUGCAAAACUCGAGAUUCCUUGAAUCAGUUUGAGUGUCUUCUGUUUGCUAAAAAGCUGGACGAAGAUGCAGCGGUUACUGAGGGUCUAGAAAACCCCAGCAUGGAGAUAAGUCUCAUUAAAGCUAUCUUUUCCUUUCUGCGUUCCAAGCCGGUAUUCAGUGAAUGGCAAAAAGAGUGUGAAAGCAAACUGGAUCUGCUGACCUGCCUACAAGAUCUUGUUAAAUAUCAAAUAAAAUAUUGGAUUGAGGUGGAGUACAUGGUCAAGGCUUUUGACGAACUGCAGAUGUGCAAAAUGCGGAUUCUCCUUACAGACGAUCCCGAGGAGCAAUCUAACUACCGCAUACUGGCGUGUCAAAUGGACGAGCAGUUACAGCUCAACCAGUAUAAUUUGCAAGAGUCACAGCUAAAUUUCACUCGUCUAUGCGGUCGUUUGAAGUACCUUAAGCAUCUAAAAGAGGAUGUCACUGACAAGCCCUGUCCCAUCUGCCAGACGCAGGAUGAUGUGAGGUAUGUGAUGAUGGUCUGUGGGCAUUUUGUGUGCCAGCACUGCCUGGAUAGUAUGAGGAAAAAGUUUGCCCGCGAUGGAGUCACCAAGUGUCCACUUUGUCGGCAGGAAUCACCACAGUUGUACUAUUCCGUACGUCCCGGAGCCCGCAAAUCCAUAAUUGGGGACUUCUCCACAAAAAUUGCAAAUAUUGUGGAACUAGUGCUGAAGAUCAAGGCUGAGAAUGAGGAGGAAAAGAUCAUAAUCUUCUCGCAAUGGCAGGCGAUACUCAUUCAAAUUGCUAGAGCCCUCAACCUUAACGGAAUUCAAUUUCGCAAUAAGUGCAGCAACACGGAUUUCGAAGAUUUUAAGAAUCCCAUUAGAAAUAUAACCUGCCUACUGAUGCCCCUUUCUAAAGGCUCAAAGGGCUUAAACCUGAUCGAAGCCUCCCAUGUUUUUCUGGUGGAACCGAUCCUUAAUCCGGGUGACGAACGCCAGGCCAUAGGUCGUAUACAUAGAUUUGGACAAAUGAAACCAACGAAGGUGCAUCGUUUUAUUGUUAACGGAACAAUUGAGGAGAAUAUUCUCUCGCUAAUAACUUCAGCCGAUGACACAAAGACUCUGUCAACUCAUUGGGAUCUAGAAAACAUGACACUCGAUAGUCUUAAGAAGCUAUUCAUACUUAAAGGGAAGGAGUAGAACUUAAAUCCAGCUCGGUUAAUUUAAUGUUACUUUUUGUAUGUACCUUUGCAAAAGGUUAAUUCCAAUGACACUCUUUUAUCUUUAGUGUCAAGUUAGGCAUAUUAAGUAUAUUUUUUUCCUAACAUAUAUAUAAGAUAAAUAAAAGUUUACAACUAUCAAAGUAAAG